CCCAGCCUGGUCACAGCUCCUGUCACUUCGGACCCCUUACCACUUCCUACUCUCCACUUCAGGCUGGGGGAAGCAAAAUGUGUGGCUUUGCUUUGGCAUACAUUUUGCAGAGUCAUGAGAAUUCUGGAUCGGGUAGAAGUGAAUCACAAGUCACUUCGGGUCUCAGACUCUGAGACCACUGGGUCCCUUGUUAAAAUUCAGAGUCCCAGGUUUCAUUCCCAGUAAACCUGGGGUGGGGCCUAGGAACCAGCAUUCAACACAAUCUGGCAUUUCUGCCACCAUGUUUCCAUGUGUCUCUCUGGACAGUCAAUGCUGCUUCUCAAAACUAAACCAAACUUUCAUUCAAUUCAUUCUGACACGGGACGAAUCCAGAGAGAGACGAUCAGGUGGGUUUACAUAAAGACAAUACUUUUUAAUUUUCCCACUGCAACUUCCCAGUUGGCCUGAAUCAGAGGCACCUCUGUCACAUCUCUCUCUGCUGAGAGGAGCACAAGGUCACCCCAACCAGUCAUAUUGUAUCACGGUUGUCCACAUAACUCUGAUUUCUUUAACUUGAUCAAAAAGGAGGAAGUUCUCUGAGCGACAUACCGCCUGGGUGCCACCCCGCCUCCUUCACUCUCCUCCCUGACAUCACUCAGGAGAAUGUGGGGCCUCCUGAACAAACUGUUCUUUGGAGUCAUUUUUUUUCCCUUGUGUCACAUACAAGGCUCACUUACCGUUUUGAGGCUUCAAUCUCCAAAUCAAAACGCCAUGUGGAAAAAGAGUUUUCUCGUGUUCCUCUUCUCCCUUUCAGUUCAAAAAGCAGCACUGGAUUGCAAGAGAAUGAGAAAAACAAAUGAAUUCCCUUCUCCAAAUUUGCACUCAAAAACGAGUGCAGUUGUGAGGGGUCAGAAUGUAUCUCUCUCUUGUUUCAACCAGAACACAUCACUACAGAUCACCUAUUCUUUGUUUCGGGGUGAGAAACACCUGGAAAUCCAGGAUAGAAAAGGUGAACCCAUGACUUUAAACCUAAGGAUCUCAGAUGCCCAGGAUUUGGGCCCGUACAAAUGCAAAGCCCAAGUUUCUAACUGUUCCAAAUACAGUCGUGAGUUCUACUUCGUAUUUGUUGACCCAGUGACUGCACCAGUGCUGAACAUUAGUGUCAUUCAAACAAAAACAGAUCAAUAUAUAAUGCUGCGAUGCAUCUCAUUCAAUGGCUCUCUGCCCAUCAAUUAUACUUUCUUUGAAAAAAACAUCACCAUAUCACCAGCUAUUUCCAAGAAUGUAAGGGAGCCUGCCGAAUUUAACUUAACCAACAAUAACAGUGGAGAAGGGAAAGAGUAUAAGUGUGAAGCUAAAAACACAUUGCCUGACCAUGCAAAAUACAGUCAACCUGUCACCAUACCCUCAACAGGUGGAGACAGCUGUCCUCUCUGCCUGCAGCUACUGCUUCCGGGGUUACUACUGGUGCUAAUGGUAAUAAUCCUAAUCCUGGCAUUGUGGAUGCUACCAAAGUACAAAGCAAGAAAAGCUAUGAAAGACAAUGUACCCAGAGACUACAGAAAUAGACCCAUGGAAACUGGAAUAUACGCAAAUAUCUGUGAAAACCAAGCAGGUGAGGAAUCUGUGCCACGCUUAGAACCAAAGCAGUCUGUUCCCGUAGCCCAAGAUGGGACUGGACACUCCCAGGAGAUACAUUAUGUCACCCCUGUGUUCAGGCAGGUGGCACCAAGAGAUCAGGAAGCCUGUUAUGACUGUAAAACUACAUAUGUCUAUUCUGAACUCAUUUUCUGAGAUUUAAAGAUACAAACUACAACUCAGGGUCCACUGAAGAUUUAGAAGGAAACACACAAAGCAAAAACCAUGUCUAAAUUCUAAAGCAAAAACUGGUGAUCUUCAAAAUGCAUCUGAAAAAAACAGCGCCUGUACUCACCAUAGAGGAAGGCAAGAUUAUUCAACAAGUACACAUUUAUUAUCCACCACCAUUAAAAUUUGCUCUCAGCUGUUGGAAGCCUGCAAAAAUAUUUAUAUUGAUUUCCGUGGACGUUCUCAGUCCUCAAGAUUUAGCUCAUUGUCAAAGGUGUGCCUUUAUGUGAUGCAUUUCCCAUCAGUGUUCUGUGGACAGAGGACAGCCCAAGGUUGAGUUGUGGGAAUAGAGAGAAUGGGCUCGUUUCCUGGGACUGUGGUAAUAAAUUACCACAAAAUGGCAGCUUAAA